AAAUCAUAAACGUUUUAAAUCUGCGUAAAGCAGCAGUUCACGAUGGCCACGAUGAAUCGUCUUCAACUUUUCAUGUAACUAACUGGCUGCCUGAUAUCUAUUCGUAACACUCUCACUAGGUUUAACAUAAACUCACGCACCGUAAAACUGAUUUUUUUAAUUCUGAAGGAACACCAAAAAACACUCCUCUGGCUGUCCGCGCCAUCUAUCGACGACACGUCCAAGUUACCUGACCGCAAGUCCGCGCGCCCGCUGCGAGAUGUCGCGCGACGCGCUUCAUCGGUCCGGCCAAGCGACGCGUGUCUCGAUUGAACCGCCGCUCGCCAGAUGGCUGCCCAAGCCACAACGACCAGACUAAUCGCGGUUUCUCUGCUGCGUGACUCAAUCCUUUUAAAAAUUCCGAUCACGCGUUCUUGCGGCUUGACUCACCGACCUCGACCCAGGUGGAAAGGCUUCUUACGGCAAGAUUAUCGAUGGCUGCGUCGAAUUCAACACGUCGACUCUCGGGGCACCUUAAGGAACCUGACCAUGUGCGCCCGGCUAAUCUGACGGAUCGAUAACGCCUGCGACCAGAGGCGUGCCCGCGUUAGAACGACUCCGUCGACGGUAAUUUCGCAAGAGGCCGGCGAUACGAGUCGCCCGUGUCUGCCCACACCGGCGUACUUGCCCAAGCGAGAACCGACACUUCCUAAACGGCUGGCGAACCCCGUCGCAUUCUCACACGGUGAGCGAGAGAAGUCGCGUCACCCUUGGAAACGUUUUUUGACGCGAGUGUCAGAUCGACGGCGUAGGAUUUCGUGCGGUAAUGCGCAAAAAGCGGUGAAUUUUCGAAACGAAUCCGAGUUCUGCGGCUAAACGGGGACGUAAACAUGGAAUUCAAGUUCAACUUGGGCGACGUCUUCGACGGGAGGGACGUCGUCGAGAUCGGCAACACGCUGAUCCCACCCGGCUUCAGCGGCGACAAAAGGGCCUUGUGGGACACCCAGUCGAAAGUGUCGCAGAUCGUCAACGCGAUGGGGGAGGCGUCCGCCGCCGCGCAGGGCCUGUCCAAGCCGAUCACCACGUCGGACAGACUGCGUAAUUCGGAACACAAGCUGUACCUGCUGAUCGACGAAUCGGCCAACAACGGGAAGGGCGCUGUCACGGGGAUGCUGAAGACCGGCGAGAAAGGGUUAUAUGUAUUCGACCGAGACGGCCGCCAUUACCAGGUAUCGCCGCAUUGCGUCCUCGACUUUUACGUGCACGAGUCGAAGCAGAGGUCGGGCCUCGGCAAGAAACUGUUCGAGUACAUGCUCCAGCGGGAACAUGUCGAACCGGUCAAGAUGGCGAUCGACCGGCCCAGCGAGAAGCUCCUCGGGUUCCUGCAUAAGCACUACGACCUGACCGCGCCCGUGAAACAGAUGAACAACUACGUGGUGUUUGACGGCUUCUUCCCCAAACCGUCGGAGACCGGCGCCGGCAGUCCGGCGCCCCCCGACUCCGCGAACCAUUUAAGGCCCAGCAGGAAAGAGUCGGCCAACGGGCUGCAGCAGCACCCGGCUUCGCCGUACGGGAGGUACGCCGCCCCCCGGCCCCCGUGCAGCAUGGGGCAGAUCAUCCAUAACGAUUCGUCGGUGAUUAAGAGGGGCCGAGAGGCGACGGGGGUCAAGUCGGAGCCGGUGACGACGGCGCGCGAUCCUCCAGAUCUCAGCACUCCGCCCCCGAUAUCCCGGAGCGCUCCCGCCGUUCGCGCGGGCCCCUCGAGCCCGCCGGAUCCCGAGAUUCCUCAAAACCCUACCGCGCAGACCGUCCCUUACCCCUAUCGAUGGCCCGUCGAUCCCCGACACGCCCAAUUCGCUCUUCCGCCCCUGUACAAUCAAUACUUUUGUCAAAAUCCGCCGUUUCGCGGGGCGUCGUCUCCGGAAUUUCAUGCCCCGAGCCCUUCCGCCGGUAUGAUGUACGGCAACGAGACGCCACCGCCUCCACAGUGGUGGUACCCCCCCGCGCAGAGCUUCCCGCCCGGAAUAUUGUACCCGCACGCGCCUCAGUUUCCGUAUUGGCCCCAAACGAAUCCGUGUUCGCCGCAACCGGACCUGCGCGACCCUCGGAGUAGUUCAAGUGAACCGCUACACUCGCGCGAAUUACAAAAGCCGGCGUCGCCCCGUCCCGCCGACAAUCGACCCAUCACCGACGCCCAUAUUGAUCCGGACGAAUCAAAAGAACAGUGUUCCGUCGAAGGCGUCGAGAAAACGACGAGUAGUUCAAACGAACCGCCGCGCAUCGUAGGACCUUGCGCCGACGCGGACGCUCAGGAAGACGCGUGCUGCGAAGCGGAAGUGGAUAUGUCGCAAGGGUACCCGCCGCAGACACCCCAAGAUCCUCUACCCCCGCAAUCGAUUAUCGUUAGGAGUUGACCGCGCGCCGCUGACUGAAUCUAACCUCAAAAUCCCGCGCCUGUCUAGUCUGCGGUUCUGGUUCCGAAAAAUUACCCUCGGGAGAUCAUAAAAAUUGGCCCUCCCAUCAUGUUUUUUCGUAAAUAAACGGAUUUACGGAUUUAUUUGCGAAGCAAUAUUUUUUUAUCAGUGUGUGUGGAGUACGCGUUCACUUGUGAGAUUAGGCGUUGUUAUUUCAACAGCACCCUGUAUAUUUUAUUUUAAAAAUAGGUUUUUCAAUGCAUACAUCAAAUAAAUCUUUUUUUUCUACGAACUUAACCAAACAAAAUAUCGAUUCGGGAUAGGGUUUG